CGUCCGGCUUGCUGGGAAGCAAUGGCAACUUGCGCCGUGGAGGUGUUCGGACUCCAGGAGGACGAGGAAAAUUCACGAAUUGUGAGGGUGAAAGUUAUAGCUGGAAUAGGCCUUGCCAAGAAAGACAUCCUGGGAGCGAGUGAUCCUUAUGUGAAAGUGACGUUAUAUGACCCCAUGAAUGGAGUUUUUACAAGUGUGCAAACAAAGACCAUUAAAAAGUCUUUGAAUCCAAGAUGGAAUGAAGAAAUACUGUUCAGAGUCCAUCCUCAGCAGCACCGACUCCUUUUUGAAGUGUUUGAUGAAAAUCGAUUGACAAGAGAUGAUUUCCUAGGUCAAGUGGAUGUUCCUCUUUAUCCAUUACCGACAGAAAAUCCACGAAUGGAGAGACCAUAUACAUUUAAGGACUUUGUUCUUCACCCAAGAAGUCAUAAAUCAAGGGUGAAAGGUUAUCUGAGAUUAAAAAUGACUUAUUUACCUAAAACUUGUGGCUCAGAAGAAGAUAAUGCUGAACAGGCAGAAGAAUUAGAGCCUGGCUGGGUUGUUUUGGACCAACCAGACGCUGUCUGCCAUUUGCAGCAGCAGCAAGAACCUUCUCCUCUUCCCCCAGGAUGGGAAGAGCGGCAGGACGUCCUUGGAAGGACCUACUAUGUAAACCAUGCAUCGCGAAGAACACAGUGGAAAAGACCAACCCCGCAGGAUGACCUAACAGAGGCUGAGGGUGGGGACAUGGAGCUGCAAGCCCAGCGCGCGUUCACCACUCGGAGGCAGAUCUCUGAGGAAGCAGAAGCCAUGGAUCCCCGGGAUGCCUCUGAGACCUGGGAAGUGAUAAGAGAAGACGAAGCCGCCAUGUACAGUGUUCAGUCUUUCCCAUCACCACCGACAUCGAGUAACGUGGACAUGCAUCCUCACCUUGCAGAAGAAUUAAAUGCUAGACUCACCAUGUGUGGUGAUUCGGCCACUAGCCAGCCCAUGUCCAGCUCAAAUCAUUCCAGCAGAAGAGGCAGUUUACAAGCCUAUACUUUCGAGGAACAGCCUACACUUCCUGUGCUUCUGCCUACAUCAUUCGGAUUGCCACCCGGGUGGGAAGAAAAACAAGAUGAAAGAGGAAGAUCGUAUUACGUCGAUCACAAUUCUAGAACCACCACUUGGGCAAAACCCUCCACACAGGAAGAUCCAAGAUUGAAAAUCCCAGCUCAUCUGAGAGGAAAAUCUUCACUGGACCCACCUAAGGAUCUAGGACCUUUACCUCCAGGAUGGGAAGAAAGAACCCACACAGAUGGAAGGAUCUUCUACAUAAAUCACAAUAUAAAAAGAACCCAGUGGGAAGACCCUCGCUUGGAGCAUGUUGCAAUUACUGGACCAGCAGUGCCUUACUCCAGAGAUUACAAAAGAAAGUAUGAAUUCUUCCGAAGAAAGUUGAAGAAGCAGAAUGACAUUCCAAACAAAUUUGAAAUGAAGCUUCGCCGAACGACUGUUCUAGAAGAGUCCUACCGGAGAGUGAUGAGUGUCAAGAGAACCGACCUCCUCAAGGCUCGGCUUUGGAUCGAGUUUGAUGGUGAAAAGGGCUUAGACUACGGAGGAGUGGCCAGAGAAUGGUUCUUCCUCAUCUCAAAGGAAAUGUUUAACCCCUACUAUGGGUUAUUUGAAUACUCUGCUACGGACAAUUACACCCUACAGAUAAACCCCAAUUCUGGCCUGUGUAAUGAAGAUCACCUCUCUUACUUCAAGUUCAUCGGUCGAGUCGCCGGCAUGGCUGUUUAUCAUGGCAAACUCUUGGAUGGUUUCUUCAUCCGCCCGUUUUACAAGAUGAUGCUACAGAAACCGAUAACUCUUCAUGACAUGGAGUCAGUGGAUGGUGAAUAUUAUAAUUCGCUAAGAUGGAUUCUUGAAAAUGAUCCAACAGAAUUGGACCUCAGGUUCAUCAUCGAUGAAGAACUUUUUGGACAGACACAUCAACAUGAGUUGAAAAAUGGAGGAUCAGAAAUCGUGGUCACCAAUAAGAACAAAAAGGAAUAUAUUUACCUUGUAAUACAAUGGCGGUUUGUCAACCGAAUCCAGAAGCAGAUGUCUGCUUUUAAAGAGGGGUUUUUUGAACUAAUACCACAGGAUCUCAUCAAAAUUUUUGAUGAAAAUGAGCUGGAGCUCCUUAUGUGUGGAUUGGGAGACGUCGAUGUGAAUGACUGGAGAGAACACACCAAGUAUAAAAAUGGCUACUGUGCCAAUCACCAAGUCAUCCAGUGGUUCUGGAAGGCAGUCUUAAUGAUGGACUCAGAAAAAAGAAUAAGAUUGCUCCAGUUUGUCACCGGCACGUCCCGUGUGCCUAUGAAUGGAUUUGCUGAACUCUAUGGCUCAAAUGGACCACAGUCGUUUACGGUAGAGCAGUGGGGUGCUCCGGAGAAGCUGCCCAGAGCGCACACCUGCUUCAAUCGCUUGGACCUGCCACCCUAUGGAUCAUUUGAAGAAUUAUGGGAUAAACUGCAGAUGGCAAUCGAAAACACUCAGGGUUUUGAUGGAGUUGAUUAAACCAAACAAGCCAUGGUGUCUUUUAUUUCCCCCCCCCCCCGUUUUCAUAAGCAAAAACGUAUCUUAAAUGUGUCUGGGGAAAACAAAACCUAAACACUUAGCCACCGUGUCUGCCCCAGAUAGCACAGGAAAAAUCACUGAAAAAAAAGAAAAGGUUAGAAAGAAAACGCACGGCAACUCUGCCACCACUUUUCUUUUUCUCAGAGCCAGGGCUGCGUUCAUUCUGUCUUUAAGAGUUUCCAUGCUACCAUUUAGAAGUCCUGAAAACCUAACACAGUGAGUUUGUUCCUUCACAUUUACCUCUUUUUUUUUUCUUGCAGUAUUUGCUAGGCAGUUGUUCGUUUUUUAACUACUGAAAAUGUAACUGUGAAGUAUCUGUGAUAAGUGUCAUGUGUGAAAAAAAAAAUGGAUGCUUUUUUUAUUUU